AUGGGAUACAAUAUAGGGUUGAGGCUCAUCGAAGAGUUUGUGGCUAAGACGGGAGCUCAGAGAUGCCAGACGUUCAAAGAAACAGCAGAAAUAAUCUCCAAAGUGGGCUUCAAGAUAUUUUUAAACAUGCAGCCCGUAGUGACCAACUGGAGUCAGGACGGAAAGUCGUUUUCGUUGAUAUUGGUGGACAAUCCGUUGGCCGAGUUUGUAGAAUUGCCCGUGACAAGCGAUAGUAAGAUCAACAAGGAAUUGUGGUACUCACAGAUAUUGUGUGGUGUUUUGAGAGGAGCUUUACAGAUGGUGCAGCUUGAUGUUGACGUUUGGUUCGUUAAAGACGCUUUAAGAGGUGAUGAACAGACAGAGCUUAGAUUGAAGCUCAAUAAAAUCUUGAAAGAUGAAGUACCAGCCGGUGAAGACUAA